CAAGAAGCCAAGGGCAGAAGUACCGCCUUCGCGGCUGCCGUUCCGUGGCCGUUUUGGCCCAGGCCUUCUCGGGGUCCAGCUGCCCGUGCUGCCCCCUCCAGGGGAGGCGCAUUUUCCCGCCACCCCCCGCUGGUCAGCGAUGGGGGCGCUGGCUGCCAGGUGCUGCCCCUCGAGGUCUCGGAGCGCCCACGGCAGGUUCUCCGACAGCACCCCGGCAGAGCUGUUGGUGCCGGAGUCCGCGUUCUACAUCAACUUCAAGUCCUGCUGAACUUCGCCGAGGUCUUCCCCAGGAUCGUGCGCGCGAAGCUCCGCGCGGCGGGCAGGAGUGACAGGGCCAUAGGCAUGGCGGGCAGGGGCGGCCGGCUCGUGGCGGACCUGCAGAGGUUCGGUGCGAGGUUCUCGGACGAGCUCGCGGGCAAGCUGACAGCCAUCCUUCCGCAGCAGCUGGAGGAGCAGGGAAUCCAGCUCGAGAUGAGCCAGGUGCACUGCGGUACAAUGGGUUUCGUAGUCAUUCGUUGCGAGGUCCUCGAGGUGGAUUUGGUCCAGCUUCUCGAGAAGGCUCGUGGUACGAGCUUUGCCGACAAGCUGCGGCCCCUCAUUGGCCUCGCACGAAGGCUUGGCGAUGUGGACCGCCGCCUCGUGCCCAAGAUUCAACAUCAGAUGAUGCUGAAACUGGAGCAGGAGAUCCCUGCAAUGCUCAAGGAGAAGGUGAAGAUCGACAUGCUCGUGGUCACCAAGCCGUCAUCGGAGCAGGCGGACUUCUUCUUCGGAGCGCUCGCGCCACACAGGGUCGAGGUCGAGAUCACGCUGCUGAACGCCGCGGAGAUCGCCCCCCGAAUUGCGCGAGAGAGGGCCAAGGGCAGGUUUGGGAGCGAGCUCGGCCGAGGCAAGCUGCUCGGAAUGGCGGCCGGGGCUGUGGCGUCUACGGCCGUCGCCCGCGUGCCCGACAGAGUGUUCGGGCAGCUGGUCGCGCGCAGGCUCUCAGCGCGCUUGACGGAGAAGAUGGCCGAGGUCGGGGUGACGGCGUGCGUGGUGGAGAAGCUGAUUUCCGUUGAUCGUUCUGGCCGCACCGUGCUCCGCUGCGAGGUCGUUGACGUGGACCUCUGCGUUUUUCGCGGUGCUGCCGAAGCGGUUGGCGCAUGGAAUUCCAGGGUGGACGGCGGUCGUCAUUUCCUCAAGCUUGGCCACAAGGGGCGAUCGGAUAUUUAUAAAAUGCUCAGGAAUUACAUUUCCUCACAGUUUCCCGAGCACCUCAAAGCGACGAGUGAUAUCUUAAUCAGCGUUGACGUUCGUGACGUGCAACACGGUAAUGUUGAAAUGUUGGAGCUUGAUUUCUCUGAUUCCGAGACAGAAAGCAUGUCCUCCCAAGUCGACGAUGCCACCAGUACGGAACCUGCUUGCGCAGUCGAACAGCAUGUUGAAUAA